AUGUUAGAUAAUGAGUUUGAAAAUGACAAAACUGACAGUAAAGAACCAGCCUCGGAUUUCGAGACGGCACUGUCUGCGACCGGCUUCGGACCGUUCAAUAUUUUGAUGGUGUUGGCAUUGAUCCCCAUAGCGUGGGCCAGCGCUUUCGAUAUGACGUCUGCAGCAUUCGUUUUGGCUUCAGCUGAGUGUGAUCUCGAAUUAACGUUUAUCCGCAAAGGCUUACUCUGCAGCGCAGUAUACAUUGGUAUAUAA